CGAAUGUGCCUCCGUGCGAUGGUGACUUUUAGUCAACGUCAUCACGUCACGUACGCAGGGAGGACAGCCCACAUCCAUGGGACAGCGGAAGACACUACAUGUGAACAUUUGUGACCCCGAGUAUCAGAUUAAACUGAAACAACGCAAGGUGGAAAUAUGUCUAUGUGUUUGUCGCGCAGUCUCUGCAGGGUGUUAUCCCGACAGACCGCUUCGUCAAGCUUCAUGUUGGGAGAACAUCACCAUGCUGUACGGACUCCUUGGUUUGCUUCUGUGAUGACACUGAAGACAUCUGCUUCUCUAAGAGCGGAGCCUAAAAAGAAGAAGAAAGUGUCCCCAAUGACCGAGCAGUUGCAGAGAGAUCGGCUGAAAAAAAGAGUGAGGAGGCUGGAGAAGGUUCCCCCGGAGCUUAUCCCCGUAGAGGACCUCGUCACUCCAGUCUCAUGCUUGGAUGAAACAAGGGAGCGCUCUGCAGUAAACCUGUUAUUUGAAGAGAGUGAGCGUCGAGCCUCGCUGUUGAAGGAGUGGUGUCGAUACAAACAGGAGCAGAGCAUGGCUGAAAUGCAGGCUGUUGAACUCGCUCUAAAAGCGCAGACGGAGGCACUGGAGGAGCUGAAGCUGGAGUCUGAGGAGCUAUACCACGCAUCGCUGAAGCCAGACACUCUUUUAUUUCCCUUUACUCAUGAAGGCCCUGUCCAUACCCCGCCAAUUAACAAGUACGAAGCUCCUGAUGGGAAGUACAACGACAUCACUAAAGUUUACACACAGUGACGGACUGGAAGCAGCGGUUUGCCCGGGUCAAUUGUCAUGUAUUAAGUGUAUGUUUCUACACAAUUUAAAUGAUUCAAAAAGCA